AUGCCCCUUGAACACCUGUGCUACCAGCUGUUCACAGCAUGGAUUUUGCGGCACGACUUCAGGUAUGUCUCCUUACAAGAGCCAAAUAACACAAGCUCACUACGGAGUAACUGGUUGUUGACUUGUUUCUCAGAGUUCUGCACUACUGGCUGUCAGUCCAAUUGUAUCGAACAUCCUGCACCCCCGGGGGGGCGGCGGUCAAAAUGCCACCAGACAAGCGCUCGUGGUUUACCAAUUGACGGCUUGACACACAUUAACUAUGCCUUCGCCUACAUCGACCCUUCCAGUUUCGAAAUCACCACUAUGGAUGCACAGACACCGGCGAAAACCUUUCAGGAUGUUGUCGACUUGAAGGGCAUCAAACCCUCGCUUCAGAUAUAUUGGACAUUCAGCGAUAAUGGCACAGCAACACAGCCCGUGUUUGGCAACAUUGCCCGAACUGCUGCCAACCGUCAGAAAUUUGCGCGUGCCUUACUCAAGCUCAUGAAUCGGUACGGCUUUGACGGUGCUGAUCUUGACUGGGAGUACCCAGGCGCACCAGACCGCGGAGGCAAGCCGGAUGACACCAAGAACUAUGCCGAGCUGUUCAAGACGCUACGAGAGGCAUUUGACAAGUCAGGUAGAAGGCUGGGCCUCACCUCUACUGCCCCUCCUUCGUACUGGUACUUGAAGUGGUUCGACCUGCCAGGCUUGAUGAAGUAUGCCGACUGGUUGAAUCUGAUGUCGUAUGACCUGCAUGGAUCAACAUCCCCCCAUCCCCAAGUCGCGCUCGGUUUCGGAUUCUACGGCCGAGCCUUCACGCUCCAAAAUCCCUCCUGCACGAAACCUGGCUGCCCUUUGAAAGGUGGUGCCGAGAAAGGUGUCUGCACCGGUCCAAGCGGGUACCUCGCCCACUACGAGGUCCAAGACAUCCUCGCCAAACAAAACAAGAAGAAGCGUGCCAUCCAAGUGAUUCACGACAGAGAGGCCGCCGUCAAGUACUUCUCCUGGGACAACAACCAGUGGAUCUCGUUCGACGACAGGGAGACAUUUGCGCAAGAGGUCAAAUGGGCUGACAGCCUCGGACUGUCCGGUUCGCUGAUCUGA